AGCAACAGCAGCAACAGUAGUUGCAGCAGAAACAAGUCAACAACAGCUUAAACAAUAAUAAUAAGCCAAAAGGUACUCUCAACCAGAAGGAAAGCAGGAAAAGUGAUACACAGUUUAAACUAGGAAACGAGACGGAAUGAAGUGAAAUCUUUUAUUUUUUUUGUGCUAGAAUUAGCCAGACUAGGUAUGUAAAAAAAAAGAAGUAAAAUGCCGAGAAUGGGUAGAAAACUUUGAAAUGUCUCAAGUACAAAUGCCAUUGACCAUUACGAAGUCAUAUCGAACAUGUCCGACAUUGAGAAGGCCCUACAAAUCAAGCAACAUCAGCUGCAUCACAAUCACAAUGAACUUGAUGAAGAUGGCCAAGAUGCUGAUGCCGAUGCUGAUGGUGAUGGCGAUAACGAUGAUGAGGCUACUACCAUGGCCGUUUCUCAUACAGGACUAAAGAACAACAAAUCUCGAGGAGCAGCAGCAGGAGUUACAUCUAUAUCAAGGACUCGACGUUGUCUAGGGCAACUGCUAAAGCUAGUUCUAUCCACACCAGGCUUGGUACUCCUGGUCAUUGGAUAUUCCAUAAUGGGAGCUCUCAUCUUUCCACUACUUGAAGCUCCUCAGGAUCUAAGUAAAUCAGCGGCCAUAGCCAAGAGUCGAGAGGAUUGCCUGCGUGAAUUGUGGAUCAUAACGGAGAAACUGAACGUUCUCUACGAACGCAACUGGACAAUGCUGGUGCAUGAACAAUUGCGUCGUUUCGAGGGUUCCAUUGUGGCAGCCACCAGACAAGGUGGCGGAGGGGCAGGCGCUGGAGGUGCUGGUCCGGGUGGCGCUUUAUCAGGUGGCGGCAGUGCCAGCGCCUUGGGACAUUUUGGUUAUGAUUCUAGCACACUCGAUCCCCAGUCAUGGACAUUCAGCGAGGCUUUACUCUAUUCGGUCACUGUAAUAACGACAAUUGGUCAUGGCAGUCUGACACCGCGCACUGCAGCCGGAAAGUUGGCAACAAUUUUCUAUGCACUCAUUGGGGUACCCCUAAUGCUGAUGUGUCUGUCCAGUUUGGGUUCAUUGUUAGCCGAGGGAUUGCAAUGUACUUAUGUGAAAAUCUGUUGUCAGUUGCAAAAAAGAAGGGUAAAAUCAGCGACACCAACAACAGCAGCAACAUCAGGAGGAAUAUCAUCAUCCGAGGUGGCCACGACAGCAAUGACAAAACGUCGCCAUGCAACAAAAGGAGGAACACCAACAGCUGGUAAUGGGGCAAAUUGUAAGAAUUGCAAAUAUGAUGCGGCCAAAUGCAAUGAGAUGAGUCUUAAUAAUGAAUGCUAUGAAUAUGGCUCGAUGAUGACAAAGCGUCGUCUGUCACUACAGGAGCAAAAUGAAGAUGCUUGUCAAUUGUUGCGCAAGCAGCAGCAACAUCACCAUCAGCAACAGCAGCAGCAGCAGCAAUUUUACCACCAGCAACAGCCAGAUGUGAUGCUAAUGACAACAACAACAACGGGCAAUACAUUGCUGAAAUAUGCACCGCAACAACAACAGCAGCAGCAGCAAUUAACAACAGCAACUCUACCGCGACAGCACCAUCAUCAGCAGCAGCAGCAACAGAAUUUUGUUGCUGUACCCACUAGCCUGCUGCGUUUCAGUGCUGCUCCAACAAUGCCUGUGCCAACUGGAUCGGCUACCGCUAUUGCUCCUCCUCCAUUGCCACCGUUAUCAUCAUCAAGCAAUUGUUAUGGUCCUGCCACGGCAACGAUUUACUUUCCAUUUGCACCGUCCUCAUCAUCCGCUUUGGCAACGGCAACGGCAGCAGCAGCAGCAACUCAUACGCCUGGCGGCAAUUGUCCACAGCCUUUGGUCAAGUAUCACACGAUACACUUGCAGCCAGCAGCCAGCAACAAACAUCAGCAUAGACUGUUGACCUCAACGGCAACUCCAACCGAAUCAGCAUCAGCAGCAGCAGCAGCAAUGGCAACGGCAACAGCAAGCACAUCAACACUGGAGGCCAUAACAUUGCCACCACCGCCGGCGUAUCAGACAUCCAAUAUUCAUACUAUGAGGCGAGCCAAAUUCGUGACCAAUCCAUUGCCGCAUGAGAUCAAUGCCCUGUUGUUGGCUGGUGGAUCGGUAUCAGGAUUGGGAUUGGGUGAUUUAUCCUGCAGACAUGAUUUAUUGCCAACAGCAACAGGCAACAGCAACAUCAACAGCGGCACCGCAACAACAGCAACAUAUACGCCGCCUUUAGCAGCCGCAGCAGCGACAAGCCCACAACUGUCAUCAGGCAUUAAGGCAACAACAGUUGGAGCAGCAGCCACAGGGGGAAGUGUGGGCGUUGCAACAACAACAAUGUCCGAUAACAGUUUUAUAGCCGCAGGUGUCUGUGGCAAUGUUGCCCCGCCAGCAACCACUACAACAGCCUGCUCCACCACCCCCGCAGCAGCAGCAGCAGCAACAUUGUCUGCUCUGCUGAGCUCCAACUCAACUGUUGGCAACGUGGACAUCAUGGAGGACGAAGAUGAGCAGGAACGUGAACGCAUGAGCAACUGCCUCCAUGGAACACCAUCUAGAGUGCCCUUGAUAGCGGCAAACAGCCAGCAGCUGAGUCUAACCCAGCAGCAGCAACAACAACAGCAGCAACACGAGUUCAACGAAUUAAAGUCCGGCAAUCAGUCACGUCACGCCUCCUCAUUACAUCGCCACACAAUCAUGCAGGCUGGUGGUCUCAACCGCAAGACUUUGCUACUAACUCGCCGCUGUCAGCGGCAUGCCACAGCAGCGCUUUAUGAUGCCACAGCCACAAAUACGGAGACAUCCGACGAUGAGGAAUACAUGCAACACGGCAGCUCCGAGCAAUUUGUGUUGAAGAAACUCAAGCGACAUCGCAUCAGUGAGUCCGAUGACGGCGACCUGGAUGGAGGACAUGCUAACAAGCUCCAUGAUGUUGAUGACGAUGACGACUACAGUGAUGAUGAUGAUGAUGAGGAUGCGAAUGCUGAGAGGCAACAGGUGCCAAUUAGUUUGGUUCUACUGAUACUCAUGUGCUACAUUUGUGUGGGCACUGUGAUCUUUGCCCUAUGGGAGAACUGGUCACUGGUAGAUGGGGCUUACUUUUGUUUUGUUACCCUCUCGACCAUUGGCUAUGGUGAUUUUGUGCCCACACGGAGUUUUAAUGGUCCCGAAUUGCAACUAUAUGCCUGCUGUGCUUACCUUCUGCUCGGUCUUGUUCUAGUGGCCAUGUCCUUUAGUAUACUGGAGACACAAUUGAUGUGGAAAUGUCGUCGAAUCGCUGUGCGACUGAAGUUGACCAAAUCGGAGUGACACGAGGCGGGCGAAUGAAAGCAAGCCGAAAACCCAACUACUUAUAUAUAUAAUACACACUCACACACACAACAGAAAAGUAAACCCAAUCAACAGUAGAGAAAAUAAACUAUGUACAUUAUGCCGAGUUGGAGGAAAAUUCAAGUGAAUUUGUGUAAAUAAAUGGAAUUUUGCAAAUU